UCAUGUACAGGAUACACCGGGAGCGGCUGAGGAAGAUAGGUAACAUGCAUGAUUUCUUUACUAUAUUAUAUUCUCUUUAAUAAGGUUUAAAUGAGACUUAAUGAAAGUAGUCGUUAGGAUGUUUGAGUAAUGUUUGAGCUGCUUACAGUGAAGUUGUGAGUACAGUUACAAGCACUGGACUUGAGAUAUGUUGUUUCAGUGUUACUUUGAAAAUAAAUUCCCGCAUUUUUAUCUAAAUACAUUUUAAAAUAUUGUUUUUUGUGCUUUUGCUGGCUCAACAAAUCAACAACAGUUCCGCCCUGCAGUCUUGUCCGGAUUCAUCAUGACUUCUCCGGACAGCGAUCUGAGCAAUACAUCGACAAAACUGAAAGAUGUUUCACUCGCAAGCCAACAGCUUCUGGAGAGGAAAAAAUUCCAGUGCGUGUUUCAGGAAUUAAAGAAACGCGUCGAGUUCGGACGAACAGAGGAAGCAGCUUCAAAUCAGCACAAGAGUGAUGCCAUCGAUGACAAACUGGAACAACGCUCUGAAAGACAGGCUGAACUCCAAAAAAGCCACGACACCGUCCUCAGGGACAGCGAGAAGAAGACCAGCAUAAAAAAGGUUUCGUUCGAAUCCUGUGAAAAGAUUGAGCCUCGUGGUCAACCUGUUUCUGCCCCCGAAAUUCUCUAUAUCGAGCCUCCGCCUCUUACCCCCGCUCCAAAGGUGAUUCUGGAUGUGGAAAACCUCCCACCGUGUCCGUGCAGGACACAGUGCCCAGAGUGUCGUCAGUACAUCAUGACGGAGACUUUCAGCUCCAUCAGCAGUGUCACCUGGCUGUUGUGUUUCAUAACAGCGGGGAUCGGAUGCAUGGCUGGUUGUUGCCUCCUUCCCUUCUGCAUCGAUCAGUUCAAAUCCAUCACUCACAGGUGUCCAAAGUGUCGCACGUUGAUUACAACCAUCAAACGGCUCUGAGAGAAAAGAAUGAGGGGGACACUGGACAUCACCUAAUGAGGAAGUUAUAUUUCAUUUCUCUUGUGCUUAUUGACUUCUGUAUGUAAUCGUGAAUCAUAUUACAUUUUUUAUAUUAAAUUUUUUUCCCCUACA